AUGAGUGCACAAAAAGAGGACGAUGGUUAUGAGUUUUUUGUUCCGACUAAUGUGAGAUUUUCGGGGAAUUUUGCUGAAAAUUUGGAACUAGGGACAUUUUAAGCUAAAUUUUUAAUGGGAAUCACAAAUUCUGACUAAAAUUAGGAUUUAAAUGAUUUUUGAAAUAAAAAUUACGAUGUUUCAUCGAAUUUCUAGCAUUUUGACACUAAAAACUAGAAAUUUUACGAAAAUGAACAAAUAAACCAAGUUCACGUCAUUCUUGAAUAUCUUGAAGCAUUUUCUGCAUUUUCAACAAAAAUUCAAAUUUUACAGCUUGCCGCGCCUCCACCGCCCGGUCCGGAUCCAAUAGGUUCACCAAAAAAAUUAAAAAAUAAGAAAAAAUCGGCGUCGCGAUCAGAAUCCAAAUCAAAAUCCGCCAAAACGCCGAAAAACGGAGGAAAAGGUGGAAAAGACAAGAAAAAUUCGAAAUACGACAAAAAACCGAAGAAAAAUGGAAAAGAAGGCAAAAGUGAGAUGAAAAAUGUGAAGGACAAAGAAAUUUCACUAACUGGAGUCAAGAUUCAACUGGUUGUUAGUGUAUUGAUGUUUUUGAUUAGUGUGAUUUUGAUUGUUGCGGUGAGUUUUUUUUUGAACGUGGGAGGGGAGGGAUGAAAUUUGACUACGAGAAAAAUUGCGGCCAUUUUGACACCAAACACGCUGCGUUUUAGCGCUGAAAAUAAUAAAUAUUUUGAAUUUCGCGCGAAAAAAUCAAUCUGAAAUACCUCCAUUUAUCAAAAUCCAUAAUUUUUGCCACGUCAUAACCCAAAAUUCCGGAUUUUGUAGAUCCUGAUCGCUUCUGGAUAG